CCAGAAGUGCUUGUAUGACUCCUUUGGACAAGACAGGACAAAACGGCAUUAGUGAGCAGCACCAUGGAGGAGACGAGUCGGGAGGCAGUGGCCACUGCAGUGCAGCGCGUGGCGGGAAUGCUUCAGAGGUCAGACCAGCUGGAUAAAGUGGAGCAGUACAGAAGAAGAGAGGCUCGCAAGAAAGCCUCCGUGGAAGCCAGGCUGAAGGCAGCCAUCCAGUCUCAGUUGGAUGGCGUUCGCACUGGGCUGACGCAGCUCCACAGCGCCCUGCUGGAUGUCAAAGACAUCCAGAGCUCGCUGGCUGACGUGAGUAAAGACUGGAGGCAGAGCAUCAACACCAUCGAGAACCUGAAAGAUGUCAAAGAUGCCGUGGUUCAGCACAGUCAGCUGGCCUCCGCCGUGGAAAACCUCAAAAACAUUUUCUCUGUCCCAGAGAUCGUGGCAGACACCCAGCAGCUGAUCGAGCAGGCCGAGCUGCUGCAGGCCCACAGGAAGCUGAUGGAGCUGGAGUGUUCUCGGGACGACCUCAUGUACGAGCAGUACCGAAUGGACAGCAAGAACACCAGCGACAUGAACCUCAUCUCCAUUUACUUUCCUCAGGUUCAGGGCCUGUCGGACGAGCUGGCCAAGCAGCUGUGGAUGGUGCUGCAGAGGGCCAUGGUGACGGUGCGCCGGGACCCCACCAUGCUGGUGUCAGUGGUUCGUAUCAUUGAGCGGGAGGAGAAGAUCGAUCGCCGUAUGGUCGACCGAAAGAAGCAAACUGGCUUCAUUCCUCCGGGGCGACCCAAACAGUGGAAGGACAAAAUGUUCAAGGUUCUGGAGGGAACAGUCAGCACCCGCAUCGAGAGCACCCAGGCCGUGACCAGAGAGGCCGACAAGAUGUGGCUGGUCCGCCUCCUGGAAAUCACCAGGAAAUACGUUCAGGAUGAUCUGAUCGUCGUCAAGAAUCUGAUGGUUCAGUGUUUCCCGCCACACUACAACACAUACAACAGGUUUUUUCUACUCUACCACAAUGCUGUGUCCACACGUGUGACAGAACUGGCCUCUGAAGACCUGGAGGCCAAUGAGAUCGUGUCCCUGCUCACCUGGGUGCUCAACACAUACAAGAGUGAGGAGAUGAUGGGCCAUCCAGAGCUCAGCUCGGAGUGUGACGUCCAUCAGCUGGAGCCUUUGCUGCCUCAGGCUGUGGUCGACGAGCUGCUCAGCAAAUACGUCAAAACUUUUACAUCUAAUAUAACAGGCUGGCUGAGAAAAGCUCUGGAAACAGACAAGAAAGACUGGCAGAAGGAAACGGAGCCCGAGGCCGACCAGGACGGAUACUACCAGACGACGCUGCCUGCCAUCGUCUUCCAGAUGUUUGAGCAGAACCUGCAAGUUGCUGCGCAGAUCGAUAGUGACUUCAGAGAGCAGGUCCUGAAGCUGUGUCUCAAGCAGAUGAACAGUUUCCUCGUCAGGUACCGUGAGGAGGCAGUGACCUACAAAGAUGAACACCUGAGAGACCGACAGCUGCCUCAGUGCUACGUACAGUACAUGAUCGCCAUCAUCAACAACUGCCAGACCUUCAGAGAGUCCAUCAACAGUCUGAAGAGGAAGUACUCUCAGCUAUCUGAGCCCACCGAGAGCGACGCUGCCAUAGAGAGGACCCUCAGCGAGGUGGCCAAGGAGGGAUGCCAGUUCCUGCUGGAUGAAGUCUUCUUAGACCUGGAGCACCAUUUGAACGAGCUGCUGACCAAGAAGUGGCUGAGCGGCUCCCAUGCUGUGGACACCAUCUGUGUGACGGUGGAGGACUACUUCAACGACUUCAACAAAAUCAAGAAGCCCUUCAACCAGGAGAUGACGAGCGAGGCUCUGCGCAGGGUGGUGGUGGAGUACAUCAAGGCAGUGAUGCAGAAGAGAAUCACCUUCAGAAACGCCGAUGAGAGGAAGGAGGGAGCUGAGAGGAUGAUCAAAGAAGCCGAUCAGUUCAAGUUCCUCUUCAGGAAACUGGCCGCGGGUGAAGACACAGACCAGCUGUGUGGCGCCAUCGCUGCCAUUGCUGAGGUGUUCAAGCUGACCGACCCCACGCUGCUGUUCCUGGAGGUUUCCACCCUGGUGUCCAAAUACCCCGACAUCAGGGAGGAACAUAUCCAGGCGCUGCUGGCUGUACGUGGCGACGCCAGCAGAGAAAUGCGGCAGAUGAUCAUUGGGACUCUCAGCGAGAACAAAGUGUCCUUCUCUGGUCCCACGCAGCCCAUCUUCAGAGACAUCACCGUCCCCACCAUCACCAUGACCACCAUGACCACCAUGACCUCCAUGGCCACUGCAAAGCUGCUCAAGUGAUCUUCAGUCACACACAGCAGCACAGCUUCCCUGUUCAUUUGUCAGAGUUCAGUGCAGAUCAGUCGUUUUUUGUUCCCACCGUAGAUGAGCUGUUCAGUCAUGUGAUCACCUGUUUGCUUCAACAAAACAAUAAAACUACAGUUGUGAAAAAUGUUUCUAGUAAAAUGUCUCAAGACUCAAACCAACAGUUUAACUUUUAUUAGACCUAGGAACCUCCAGAAAGCAGCACUCUGAAAACCAAGUGUUCCGCUGGAGAAUAUGAGAGUAACAGCUCUUUAACACAUGAUGGAGUCUGGUUGUUAGGAAGAAUUUUAAAUUCUGUUGUGAAUUUAACAGGAGUGAUGUGAUCUCGCCACGUUCUUGUCAGAACUCUCACUGCAGGUUUUUUCAUCUUGAAGACUUCCUCAGCAAUUUUUGGGACAUUCUGAUAACAGGGAGUUACAACAUUAUUAACAGGAUUAAUUUCCCAGCAUGGCUUUGAACCGAUAUAUUCCUAAUUUUAGAAAUAUUAGGCAGGUAAAAGAAGGAAGUCCUGCAGACCUGCACUCAAAAAAAUUAUUCAUUGGAUGAACACAAUUAAAAUAUGUGCAGGAUUUCCAUCCAAAAAAUAUAAGUAGCCCCAACUCAAAUCAAAUACAUCCACUCAGGACAACAUAUUUGAGACUGUCCAACUUGUUUUAUUCCUUUAGAUCCAACCAAAACUGAAAUAUUCUGUGUAAACCAAUAUAAUUGAGUUCGUUCAACUCAUUUUUUGUCAAAUAUGUCAAAUACAAUGGCUGCCCGUUACUAAGUUGUUAGAAUGAUUAAUUAUUUUUAACUAAUUAUGGUUAUUUGGAAAUCCAAUGCUGACAUCGCUCAUGUGGGCUGAUGCUGCACAGGACGCCUCAGGCCUUUUCUUCUCUCAGAGGCAAUCAGGAACUUUUCAAUAGAGGCAGGAGCAGCAGCAGUACCUGAUUACAUGCUCAACACUUCUCAUUCCAGGUUUGACAUGAAAAGUAACUGAACUAUUUAGUUUAACUAAAGAAAAAGAACACAACAAAACACAACUACCGAUAACAGUAUUAACAUCAGAACAUCGAAAUAAACCACAAAAACAAUGUUUAAAUCUUGAGUAUUUCAUCCCAAACUCCCAUGAUGCAUUGCAGCACUACCACCACUACAAAACUACUGUUCAAACACAUUUAUUUUGAGUUGAAGAGUGGUACUGGGGGCCCAAUGAAUUACAAUUAGGUCACAUUGAUGAAACAUAUUUAGGUUUUGUUGGACAUGAUAUGCUUUAAUUAGGAAAAUGAAAUUUUAAUGUGUGAACUCUAAGAGGGGCUUGAGUCAGUUUUUUGAGU